GUUGCCGAGCGCGGGCGCUGGGGGCGGAGCUCGGCGGAGACGGGGAAGGGGUCGCCUCCGCUCCGGCUCCUCGAGUUGGCGACACGGUCCGGCGCUGAGAGGGAGACGUCGAGUCCUCAGCCCGAGUGGCGGCGGUCUCCUCCGGGCACGCUCAACUGUGGUCAGAGGCAACAUGAGUGCGGCGGGGCUGUUGGCUCCGGCCCCGGCCCCGGCUGGAGCGCCGCCGGCCCCGGAGUACUACCCUGAGGAGGACGAAGAGCUGGAGAGCGCCGACGCCGACGAGCGCAGCUACACUGAGGAUGCUAGUGAAACUGACCUGGCAAAGCAUGAUGAAGAAGACUAUGUAGAAAUGAAGGAACAGAUGUAUCAGGACAAGCUAGCCUCUCUCAAGAGGCAGUUGCAGCAACUGCAGGAAGGUACACUACAGGAGUAUCAGAAAAGGAUGAAAAAACUAGAUCAGCAGUACAAAGAGAGGAUACGAAAUGCAGAACUCUUCCUCCAGCUGGAAACUGAACAAGUGGAAAGAAAUUACAUUAAAGAAAAGAAGGCAGCAGUGAAAGAAUUUGAAGACAAGAAGGUUGAGUUGAAAGAGAACCUGAUUGCUGAGUUAGAAGAAAAGAAGAAAAUGAUUGAAAAUGAGAAGCUAACAAUGGAACUGACUGGAGAUUCUAUGGAGGUGAAACCCAUCAUGACCAGAAAAUUGCGGAGGCGACCAAACGAUCCUGUCCCUAUCCCAGACAAGAGGAGAAAACCUGCUCCUGCCCAGCUAAACUAUUUGUUAACAGAUGAACAGAUCAUGGAGGAUCUGAGAACGUUAAAUAAGCUUAAGUCACCCAAGAGACCAGCAUCUCCAUCUUCUCCUGAACAUUUGCCUGCCACGCCUGCAGAGUCUCCAGCCCAGAGAUUUGAAGCUCGGAUAGAAGAUGGCAAACUAUACUAUGACAAAAGAUGGUACCACAAGAGUCAAGCCAUCUAUCUGGAGUCCAAGGACAACCAGAAACUGAGCUGUGUGAUCAGCUCUGUCGGAGCCAAUGAGAUCUGGGUGAGGAAGACAAGCGACAGCACCAAGAUGCGGAUUUACCUGGGCCAGUUGCAGCGCGGGCUAUUUGUGAUCCGCCGGCGGUCAGCGGCUUGACUCUGCAGUGUUCUUCCUGUGACCCUUUUUCUGGAGUGAUUUUUAUUUUUGUUUUGUUUUCUUAACAGAACAUUUUUAACUCACUGGGAAUAGCUCCUUGGCCAUGGAAAUGGAGAACACUGGUGUGGAUUCUGCAAUGCACUUUUUGACUGGUCACUUCCAUCUUAUGUCAUUCUUUCCUUCCUCAACUUCCAUACAUCAGUCACCACAGGACUGUUUUAUUUUUAGGAGGACUAGGGUUUGACAUAUUUUCCUUUUUAUCUGUUUAGUUUUUGCCUACACUUAGUCUUUUUCUUUUUUCCUUUUAAACCUCUUUUGAGUUUGGAGAGAGAGCUCCCUCUCUAUCUCUUUUUUCUUUAUUUUUUAAAUUAUCCUUAGGUCUUUUUACUAUGAAGAAGAGUAGGAAAAGAUACACUGUACAGUGCAUUUUCAUGUUUCGAAUCUGAUUAGUGAAUCACGAAGCUGCUUUCCUUGUCAAACCAAAUUCACCGUUUCCCCAGAAGCUUGGGGCAGAGGUCCCAGCAGAAGGAGAUUAAUUCUCCUGGCUCUCAGCCUUCUCAGAGAAAUAAAUGCCUUGUGUAACAUCUGGCGCAUGCCAUCCAUUCCACUGGCCGAAUGGCGGAAAAAUUUGCCUGGGAGACUUUGUGCACUGAAGUAAAUGGGGCUAGGAGGAGGGGACAUUUCAUAUUCAUAAUGUGCUGAAGUUCUUAUCUUUUAAAUGUUAUUUACUGCAGGUGAUUUAUUCAGACACAUUUGUUCUAGUUCAAGCUGGAACAGGAAGUGCUUAUUUCAGAAGUUUUCCUUUGUAAUUCCUUUCUCUCCCCUGUUCCCAAGUAGAGGAAGCAGUACAGGCAACAGGCUGAUUAUUAUCUGGGUUAUCUUUUAUAAGUGGGGAGGUGAUUGAUAGUGCAAUAACUAGUGAUCUAUAGACUUUCACAGAUUUCACUCUCAUUGCCGAAGCCAUUCUGGCCAUUCCAGACCUGUGGGAUUUUGUCGUCAGGCUCUGGGCACAUAUACAGCCUCCCAGGAUAAAAAGGAGGACACUGCUGUGGCUGCUUCUAACCCUAUGCUCUUCCAAAUGAAUCCCAAUGGAGCCAGUGUCCCUACACCCCUGCGCCUUCCCCUCAUUCUCAUGACUGGAGAAAUGGUUCACUGAGUGAUGGGUAAUGGAGUUUUUUUGAACCAUCGCAAAUUGCCAUCUUGAGAUGUUUAAGGAAUUUGGAGUUGGAGCAGCUUUUUAAAUCUCUGAGCAGUCGGUAGACCUUACAUCCUAGGACGUCUUUGUAAGUGGUCCCGUGAUUUCACGUAACUCUUUUGUGGCAUCUCUUGAUGUGUAUACCCUAAAGUGAGGUGGGAGCUUUGAUGGCAAAUCCAAAGGAGAAUCCCCUUCUCUUCCAUUCUGGCUUCCACAGAGACCAAACCAUAACUGACUCAGCAUAAAGACUUGUACAGAUAUAUUUUUCUUUUAAUUUAUAAUCCUUUUUUAUUUUUUUUUCUGGUAUUUGAGUCUUAUUUAGAAAACAGGAUAAAUGAUGCUGUUUAUUAAAAGUUGCCUGUGCAUUCUGUUUUUACUUUUUGCCUUCCACCUCCCCUGUAAUGAUGUUACUCUCAUGAAUCAAAUCCAUGGUAAACAGACUUCACCUUUUGUUUGUUCUGAUGGCCGUUUCUGUGAGGGAGGGCCUCGCAGGCUGGAACCACACUGUGGUACGUGUGACAUCGUGUAUCAGGUAAUGCCCUGUGAUGGACAUUGAUUUAGAUACAUACAUGUAGUAUUUUUUUGUCCUUGAAGGUUUUGUUUUUUUUGUUUUGUUUUUUAAAGGAUCCUUUUCCUUUUCCUCCUAACAGCUCGCCAAGGUUUGUUUUUAUAGGAAAGGGGUGCGUCUAACCCCUGGGGGCUCCACACCACAGCAGCAGCACAUUGCCUUUUUUCCUUGCCUUAUCUGUUGGCACCUUUGUGCUUUUGUGAAGUAAUUAUUUAUUUGAAGACCAGGGUGUGCUGCUUUUGCCUUCUCUCUUCUGUAACUUUUGAGGGUAUUUGAGGCUGUCUUUGGACAUGGUCUCAACUCUAUUGCUGCCCUCUCCUCAGUGUCCUCAGAAUCCAUAAUCAUGAGCUAGUGAGUACAGGAGAACAUGCAAAGUAGACUCAGGACACUGCAGAAUAAAUUAUAUUCUUUGUUCCAGGAGAUUUAAUUUUUUUGCUUGGUCACCCCAGAGGUGUAAAAAAAAAAAAAAAUCAGCAGUUGAGCCACUCUGACAGGCCUCUGUGGUGACCAAGGUAGAGGCAGCCUUCUUGGUAGUCAGUGGAGGUGCUUCUGUUUUAGACAGGGCUGUGGGUUGGGGAGGGGCAGACUUUGAGAUUCCUAGAAUGAGAGUAGGACAGCUUUUAGCCUAGGUGGCCAUUUGGAUUCCAACAGGUCUUUGACUCUCACUAGAUCCCAGGGUACCAGCUGAGUUCUCAAAUAUAGAUGAUUUCUUCCAAGUGAUCCUUUGAAAAGGUAGGUCCAGACAGUUUUGAUCAAGGACCUGCUUACGUAUUAUGUUAGAGGCAUCUGCCUCAAGGGAUUUGUAUACAGUGUUGGCUGUGGGCAUGUCCCAAUAUUUAUUUUACCUCUGCUUGGGGUUUUUUUUAGUGUGUGCCCUUUUCCCAUUCACCCCUUUCUCCCCAAGCCAAUAUCCUCUUAAAUAACUUCCAAAUAGAUUUUUGUAGUCAUACCAAAGCCAGGAUGUUUUCAUUCAUUUGGAUACCAGACAUUUAGGAUGUCUAACUACCUAACUUCAGCUUUUCUUUUUAAACUUCUAACUGAGGCUCGAUCCCAGAGUUUGAUUUGCAAGUCAGGCUGCAUUUGUACAGGACUGGGUGACUUUUCUAAGAGAAAUAUGGGGGGCCUGAGGGAGGUGAGGCAGGGUCAACUGCAUUUUUUUUUUUUUUUCGUUUGUUUGUUUUAAUCGAAGGGUUGGGGAAUCUUAUUUUUUAAAGUAUGUUUUGUUUUUAAUAUUUCUUUUUCAGCUUGAAUUUUUACUAAAUAAUUUCCUUCUGAUCUAAAGAUUUUGUUGCUCAUCUGGGACUUCACAGUCUUGGUACUUACUAUUAUGCCAGUUUUUCCAAAGAGCUCAAACAUUUGAGUACCAGGACAUAGUAAAUUUGCAGCCAUUUCAAGCAGCUGGUGGGCUUUUUUCUACAACAUCGUUCAUUGGUACCAUUAAAGAUCCUGAGAGGUGAAUGUAAAAUGUAAAAAGUACAGUUUUUUGUUUUGUUUUUUAAUAAACUUUCAAAGAGAAA